GCAAAUUCAGAAUAUGCACACAGGACUGGAUUUGUCAGUGCCGGAAUACCAGGAGAUCCGAGGGAAGAUGAUGUCUGGCCAUGUAGAGUAUCACAUUGUCGUUGUUACCCGACUGGCUGCCUUCAAAUCAGCAAAGCACAAGCCUGAAGAUGUAGUUCAAUUUAUGGUUUCCAAGAAAUACAGCGAGAUAGAGGAGCUCUACCAGAGACUGGUGGCACGAUAUCCACAGGCUUCUCUUCCACUCUUGCCUAGAAAACUUCUCUUCGUGGGGGAAUCUGACAUCUGUGAACGAAGAGCUAUGUUCAAUGAUAUAAUGAAAUUCAUCUCAAAAGAUGAGGAACUAGCAACGAGCCCUGAGUUACUGGAGUUUUUAGGAACAAAAUCUACUAGUGCCAUUGACUUCAAGGGUAAAAACAUUCCUGAUGACAAGGAGAAAGAAGAUGAAGAAAAUGAGGCAUUUGAUUUUUUCAAAGAGGAGAAGACUCCUGACUUAAUCUCACAGCUUUCAUCAGUGGAAAAUGUGAAAAAAGAAGAGGAAGAGGAGGAAGGAGAUUUAGACCCUCUUGGUAUAAUUAGGUAUGGCUGGUAG